UGCAAAUGUUCCAUUCCAAGAGCUUCCCCCAAAGCAGAGACAUCUCUCUCCGGCCUGCUGGUAAAACCGGCGAGCUUGCUUCCCUGACCGGCCGGCGAGUCACUCACCGCUCGAUCUCCGGCGAACCAACCAGCAGCUUCCCCUGAUCGGAAUGGACUCGGGUGGCGCGCUGCAAAUGCCGCCGGGGUUCCGGUUCCACCCGACGGACGAGGAGCUGGUGAUGUACUACCUGCUGCGCAAGUGCGGCGGGCUGCCGCUGGCGGCGCCGGUGAUCGCGGAGGUGGACCUGUACAAGUUCGACCCGUGGAGCCUGCCGGAGCGGGCGGCGGGCGGCGAGAAGGAGUGGUACUUCUUCUCGCCGCGGGACCGCAAGUACCCCAACGGGUCGCGCCCCAACCGCGCCGCCGGCGCCGGGUACUGGAAGGCCACCGGCGCCGACAAGCCCGUGGGGGCGCCGCGCCCCGUCGCCAUCAAGAAGGCGCUCGUCUUCUACGCCGGGAAGCCGCCGCGGGGCGUCAAGACCAACUGGAUCAUGCACGAGUACCGCCUCGCCGACGUCGACCGCUCCGCCGCCGCGCGCAAGAAGACCAAUAACAACGCGCUCAGGCUGGAUGACUGGGUGCUGUGCCGGAUCUACAACAAGAAGGGCGUGAUCGAGAGGUACGACACGGUGGACGACGACGAGGUCGCCGACGCGGCGGCCGGUGACGUCAAGCCGGCCGCGGCGGCCAAGAACCCGCGCGGCCGCGCGCCGAUGAAGGUGGAGAUGGCGGACUACGGCGGGUACUACGACGACGGCUAUGACCUCGAGACGCCGUCCGCGGGGAUGCUGUGCUUCGACCGCCCGCCGGCCGUGGCCCCUGUCCCGGCGGCUCCCGCGCCGGCGCCGGCGCUGUCGCCGGCGAAGCCCGACCCGGACCGCGACUCCACCUCCAUGCCGUGGAUGCACACGGACAACUCCAGCAGCGGGUCCGAGCACGUGCUGUCGCCGUCCCUGGACCUCCCCGACCGCGACCACGCCGAGAGCCAGCCCGGCGGCGGCUGCGCCGGGUGGUGGCCCGGCACCGACUGGGCCGGCGGCGACGACGGGUUCGUGGUCCUCGACGACGGCGGUGCGGCGCUCUUCGGCCCGCCGUCGCCGGGGCUCUUCGCCCGCGUCGACGCCGCCGCGCUCGGGGACAUGUUGGCGUACCUGCAGAGGCCGUUCUGAAUCCUGAUCAUCAGGGAAAGUGCAGCGUCCGCCGCCCUGCAUGCUCCAGGCAGCCACUGACCAUGACACGGUCGAUGUCCAUCCAGGUCGUGUAGCUCGGUUCAGGUGAAAUCGUGAGCCGGUCUAGGUGUAGCGCAGCGAAUAAUGAAGCCGAGAUCAGAUCACCAUGGCACUCCCAGCUGCAGAUCACGGGAGAAUUGGGCGGAUCAUCUGACCGAUGAUCGGCGGUCCGGUGUCCGGUUCGCCAUUCAGAUGGCCAGGUCGUUAUGCAGCUGACAGUUGCACACGACCACUGCACGGCUGAUCGCGCCCUUGCUCCUGGGCAGCAGCUGCUACAUGGAAAUGGGUGUGCCAAGCAUGGUAGAUGAGCGGUGAUCAAGGCUGGUAGAGAGCUAGCUAUAGCCGUCGGAUCGGGUCUCGAUUAAUCUAACCCGUCGGGUUUUUGUCGCAUUAAUUAGUAGUAGCUGACAACAUGACAUGCCUAGUGAAUUCAAAUAAAAGCAACAAAAUCAAAAAGAGAGAAAAAAAGGGAAAUGCAAGUUUUGGAUUCAGGGGUAAGUUGAUGGUAUCAUGUAUGUAUCUAGUGUAGCUUAUCUGUACUUAGAAUUGGUUCAGGUUGGUGGCAAACAGGCAACGCUGUAGGUUUUUUUCAUCGAGUGUUCUGCAGUAUAAUUGCAAGCAAAUGUCAUGUGCUAGAGUCGCUUUCAGUGGGUCUCUUUCUCGUGUCCAUGGAAGCCGGAAUUUUUGUAACGCAAUUAUCGGUAAUAAAGUGUUGUAAGCUGUGAUUACAUAUGGCA